CCUCAGUGGAGGCUUCUGGCAAGGGGCACUGCAGAAGCCUUCUGGCACUCACGUUUGAGACAGCGAGCGCAACCGGUAGAAACAUGGUGAAGAAAGGUCUUCUGGAGAGGCUGCAGGAGGGCGUAGUCAUCGGCGACGGCGGGUUCGUCAUCGCCCUGGAGAAGAGAGGUUACGUGAAGGGAGGACCUUGGACGCCCGAGGUGGUGGUCGAACAUCCCGAUGCAGUGAAACAGCUUCACCGCGAGUUCAUGCGAGCGGGGAGUGACGUCAUGCAGACCCUCACCUUCUACUCAACAGACGACAAACUCAAAUUGGGAGGCAAUGAAGCGGGGAAAAACUAUACGUGUUCCCAAAUCAACGACAGCGCCUGCAGCAUCGCCCAUGAGGUGGCCAAAGAGGGAGACGUCCUUGUGGCUGGCAGUGUGACUCAGUGUCCCUCCUACACUGAGGGUCUUGGCAAGGAGGCGGUACAGGCGAAUAUCAAGACGCAAAUGAAAUCCUUCGUGAAGAAUAAUGUGGAUUUCAUCAUCGCUGAGUUCUUCAUGUAUGUGGAGGAGAUCGAGUGGGUCAUCGAAGAGCUGUUGAAGAGUGGGUUACCAGUGGCCGCCACCAUGUGUAUCGGACCUGAGGGCGACUAUGCAGGGGUCAGCGCUGGUCAGUGUGCUGUUAGGAUGGCCCGCGCAGGAGCUAACGUUGUUGGCGUGAAUUGCUUGUACGAUCCAAUCAUUAUCAUCGACACCAUCAGGCUCAUGAAGGAGGCCCUCGAUGCAGAAGGUCUCCGCCCUUUUCUCAUGACGCAGCCCAACGGAUUCUUCACCGAGGGCGCUGACAAGUCGGGAUAUCUGGGCGUGCCAGAGUAUCCUUUCGCCAUGGAAUCACGGACGGUCACGAGGUUCGACGUGCACAAGUACGCCCGCGCGGCCUAUGACCUGGGGGUGCGCUACAUCGGCGGCUGCUGCGGCUUCGAGGCCUACCAUAUCCGGGCUAUCGGCGAGGAACUAGCCAAGGAGCGGGGCAGACUACCCCCUGCUAGCGACAAACACGAACCCUGGGGAGGAACUCUGAGGCAGAGCGCGUUUGCGUACAUUCGUGAGAGAGCCAGAGAAGACUACUGGAGGAAUCUCGUUCCAUCCACAGGGCGCUCAGUUCCGCCAACGUAUCCUGUUCAUGUUGAUGUAACUCGGAAGACUUCGUAAGGGUCCUCCCUGUAGCACUGUUUAUUUUCCAGGUUUCCAUUUC